AAGUUCUCAUACAACUCCACUCUCCCGAGUUAUGUGUCCCGCGAUAUCUCCUCUCAAAACUUGAAAUCGGGUUUUCAAAUCAGCCCGAGUUGCAUUUGCUGAUGCAUACAAACCAAUAGUGUUCAAGCGUUUGAUUCACGAUCAUAUAUUAACCAAGUAAUCGGUGUCGCUAUGCAUUGUGCAAUAGGCUAUAUUGCUUUUCGUUUCUUUCAAGAAAUUAAACUAUAAUCCUUCGGGUUGCGUCAUCAAGGAAAUGUGACAAUUCGAGCGACAAAUGAUGUUAUCAAAAUGUGCGCACUUCCCACAAUCAAAAAAUACUAUGAGCCGUUGAUGACUAAAUUGCCAAUUCGGUUGUUCGAAACCUUCCGCAGUUCAAUCUAAUUCGAAACGGUCUCCCCAGCUCUGUAACUGUGGUGGCAACUUAUUAAGAGCCCACACAACAACACACGUGAAACCUCUUAAUGGUUUUUUACUCCGAGACCGAAAUGUAGGUCAAUCGGCUUUUCUGGUUCGAAUCCACACCAAGCUAUGUGAAAAUGUUGUGCGUAAGAGAUGCUGCUACAUGACACCAUUAAAUUUGAAUCAUUCGAAUGGCAUCUUCCGACCAUGAGAGCCUAUAUCGUCAUGGUCGAUAGAAUAUCGAUUGAAGAUUACAGUAAAUCCAGUCGUCUAUAGACUUUUGCGAUUUUUGCGCAGCUUCUAGUAGACACGGUAAACCGCUUGAAAUGACAUUAUUACAGCCCAGUGGAAUAUGAGAGUUGUGCGGACCGCCAGUGUCAUCCAAUAAUAACAUACCCACAUAGAAUACGAAAUGUAGUUUUCAUUGUCAUGUCAAUAUCUAUCACGAAUAAAGCGCAGUCCAAUAAAUUGAACGUUCGUCAGAGCAAGGACGCGUCUUGAUUACCCAAGAAGGAUAUUACAGCGACUUAUUGAUAUACACGCCUAGUAGAAAGAAAAUCAAUCUCAUCAUGGCAGAAAGAAAUAAAAAUAAGAAGAAAAACAAACAAAUAAAAAUGAAAAUGAGUGAGUGUGAGCUAUUAGUCUUUCGGGUCGUGGAAGACAAAGUAUGACUGUUUUUAUGCUCCGUCGACUAUUUGAUGCGUUUUCACUCAUUUUGGCGUGAUGCAACUUUCACUUUGGCUUUUUAGGAAUUAAGAUCUGAGUGUGACAUAUACGGAUCUGCUGAUAAAUAUGUAAUACGUGAUGUCUUGUAGCUUUGGUACUACUUCCUCGUAGCUCUCGAGAGUCGAAACAAGACCAUUUUGAAACAUGGCGAAAUAGUUUUCGGCGACGAUCUGACGAAAAGCCAUGCAUAAAAACGGAUUUCUCGCACCAACCCCAAAAACAACUUUUAUAUGACCAUAGCGCACGUAGACCGAGAUUCCAUAAGACUCGGAUUUAGCACUCGAGCAUCUUGGCAGAGUAGACAGGACAUCGCAAAAUUUUUUGACAAGACGUACUACACACAACGGUUGGGGGAAAAAUAUCUAAUAUUUUCCAGCUGCUAUUCUCACACCGUCUCGGCAUUUGCUCUCGAGGAACCGUCACGUUCGCAGUGGAUUGGCAUAAAAGGACAAUAUAAUCUAGCAUCUUCCCAGACCGAUUGUCGAGACGUCAAAGGAGAACGGGGUUCUCCCAUAUAAGAGGCUUUUAUUAUUAUUCCACAAGAUUUUAAUAAAAAUUUUGUCCUCCGCGCUGAUCGAAUUGACCCAGAUAUUCGAACGAAAGCGAGAUGACUUUACCCCUUGACAUCGAAUUCAAUAAUAGUGUUCAGCAUCCUGUUACUUUCCUAUGGUUACAUACGAAACGGACAUCUUAUUCUCUUUAACGAAUUUCAUUUCGCUCUCUGAGUGUGAGCAACGUGUCUUGUUGGCCUAUACCGUAUUUUCCUUUUGGCUGUCAUCGCGCAGAAGUCGCCCACAAUUUCCUGGAAAAAAAAAAUAAUAAUAAAACUUUUUUUUAUUUUUUCGUCGUCGGGAGAUCGAUGUGGAGCUAGCCCAUGAGAUCCGCUUGCCCCAUCCGCCAGUAAACAUACCAACAGAGUCCUAUAUACACCCAGUCUUUUCAUGUCAUUCCACCAUUUCUAGCACCCACCAGUCAAAGAUGUCUCAGUCGAAAGGCGACGACGAAACAAGCUUGACGUGUUUUUUCCUCCGUCCCGGCUUCACCUUCAUAUGAUAUUCAUAUCAUAUACUUCGCUCUCGCCAACUUGCAGCUAAGUCACCGGGAUUUAGAAAAGAAGCGGUUUUUAUAUACCAAAGAUCACAACACCGCCGCCACCGCCAAAAAUGUAUUUUUAUUAAAGCCUUUAAACAAGAGCUAGUGCUGCUGCCGGGAGAAAAUCGUCUCCAAGAAUAUGGGCCAUACACUGCAGGGUCAGCUUCUCGAAAAUGGAUCGGUGGUGAUUGAUGGCUUCGGUACAAUUUCAACGGAUGACUACAGAUCGACAGUGAUCAGUGCAUUUUAUUACCUUCACGAGCCAUCAAAACUGAUAGUCCUUUCUCUCUACUCGGUUGUUUUCUUGUUGGCGGCAGUUUGCAACCUCCUCGUAAUCGUCGUCAUCUUUCGCUUCCAGCAUCUUCACAGUGUCACCAACUAUUUUCUGGUCAACUUGUCAGUGGCGGAUCUUCUGGUGACGAUGAUUUGCAUGCCAAUGGCCAUGUCGCAAAACAUUACGGUGAUUUGGUUCUACGGACUCUUCAUGUGCAAGUUUGUGACCUAUCUCCAAGGAGUUGCAGCCAGUUCCAGUAUGUUUUCUAUUUUGGCCAUGAGCAUAGAUCGGUACUUUGCCAUUCGUCAUCCAAUCGUCUUCCGACAAUUCUUCAAUAAGCGGGUGGCCCGUUGUGUCAUUUUGUCCAUUUGGGUGGUGGCCAGUCUCGUCUUCAUACCAGUUCUGGUCGUCCAGCACGAAGAAUCAAUCACACUGCACGGCGAGAACGCCGAGCUGGUCAUUUGCAAAGUCUGCAAGCAGAGAUGGGAGGAAGACUGGAACAAGAUAACCUACAGUAUUUUCUUGUUCGUUGCUACCUACGUCCUGCCCGUCUUGCUCGUUAUCACUGCUUAUAUUCGCAUGGGAUGCAAGCUGUGCACGCCCAGCAUCCUGAUGAACAACCACGACGGAGGCGAAAUAAUCUUAAACAGGGACUCCCGAUUGCUAAAUUGCCGCCGCCGGGUAGCUCGGACGCUUUUAAUUAUCGCCAUCGUCUUUGCCGUUUGCUGGAUGCCCUACAACCUGACUCAGCUCUUUCUCGACACUUUGGAGAAGGAACAGUUGAAGGAAAUGGACAAAACUGCGCCCCACCUGUUGAUGGUGCACUCUUUCAGUCUAUGGCUGGGUCAUGCUAAUUCCGCAAUCAAUCCGCUGCUCUAUUGCCUCCUUUCGCGCAACAUCCGCCAGUCAGUUGCGAAUCUCUUCCGCCCGACCGGCCGGAAUCUUCGCAACAGUUCGGAGCCCGUGGAAAUGUUGCGACGCCGAGGUCCCGUCAGUAAAAAGCGACCGCCAAUAGUUAAGAACGGAUGUUCCAACUUGAACCGCCAAAAGCCUGAUGAGCCCCCAUCUCACCAAGAGCUGCAUCAAGUCAAUGAGAAUCCGCCCGGACGAGAUUUGAUCGUCAUGAAUCGACUGUCACCUCUAACCCCGCCGUCGAUUAAGAAAUUAAUGGGAUCACAUUCUCAGAGCUUCAUCACCAUAGCCCUGAUGCCCAUCAAAAUAGUCUCCUUCAACAAGAUCUUGCAGUCUCAUUCGAAUAAACCAACAGCAGCACUCGAAGCCAAAAGUGUGGGAGAUAACGGAGAAAUGGAGGACCUGGAUUCGACACCGAAUAACUACUACUCGCUUUGAAUAAGCAUUAGUGUCAAGAACGGGUUGUUUUCAUGUCGUCUUUCAAGUUAUUUCGCGGUGAAAGCCAAUGCCGAUCUAUAUAUAAAGCCCUCCUCGUCUCUUUUUAAGCACCUGAAAUCAAAUAAAUAAGGCACGACGUCAAAAGUUGGUCCCAUCUUUUUGAAAAGAGAUUCUGACAAAAGAGAAUGCGCCCACUUUUCCGUUCACCCUUUUAUAUUAUAUAACACGAUCGUACUAUUCUUGAAAAUGUCAAAACAAUAUCCGAUAUAUAUGUUUGCGAGGCUGCUUCUGUUUAUAUUGACCAGAAGGAUCGUGAAAUUUCUUUCUUUCAAUAUUUGAUUGUACAUACAUUAUAUACACACUGCCCCCUCCCCCACACGAAAACCUCACAUUCUGUUUACCCAUUUUCGACACCCCAGUCCGCCAGUUCAAACCGCGUUGCGACACAACUUCGUCAAGCCUCUACCAAUAAUAAGUCAACCUGGACUUGGAUCUCUACCUCCUCCAUCCUUCAUUUAUUAUCAUUAUUAUUACUCAUCAGUGUCGUACAUGUGCCCAUAUCCGGGGACCCUGAAUUUCUGAUAUUCUCGUCCUUUGUUGUUUACGUAACAUCAAAAACGGCAUCUGCUGCUCCCAGGCCGUCUCAAUUUCUAUUCGUCUAUAAUGAUUUUGUCAAACAAAAUGUAAUUGAUGUGCUGUUUCGUGUCUUGUGAAUUAAUACUCUCAAAUAUGUCUAUAUUUUAUGUCAAAGCAAUUAACUGACCCAGUUACCAAAAAUAUACGCGAGAUGUAUAUAUUGAUCAU